GAACCCUCCCAUGAGUCCAGCAUUGGUGGCAGGUGAAAUAAAUAUAAGCGGCAUGUAAAGAUAGCCUGCUCGCCAAGCAGGAUCCCAUGCACCAGCGCCCCCGGCUGAAAUACCCAUUUAACACCCAGAAAGCUUCGAUUUUUCUCAACAAGUUUUUGAUUCAUACACUCAAGAAGAAGGAAUACAAGAUAGACUGCGAUCAACAGGAAGUAUAGAGACCAGCUGAUAGGCAAUGGGUGCACCUGCACGACCGGUUGCCCUCCUUGACUGGCAAAAGCCGGAGUGGCUCUACCUGGCCGCUAUUUUUGGCUUCAUCUUUCUUUUAAUCAUUCGCCGGAUCGCACUCUACUUAAUCGAUCACAGUCUCAGAGGAAAUCACAAGUCCGGCACCAAAUCAGAUCUUCGGCUUCAUCCAACCCGAUGGCACAACAUCGUCUUUGGCUACGAAGCAUUUCAAACCAAAUACUUGAAUCGCCCAGCAAUCUGUCGGAUAGCAGGUACAAAUAUUUUCGGAUGUUUGGAUUGGGCGGAAGUCAUGAUGAUACUGCUGCUAUACCUGAUUAAUAUUCUUUUGAUAGUUGUCCCAAUCAAGUACAGCACAAUGGCGACGCUGACAGGAGCACUUCGAGAAAAGGUGGCUCUCCGGGCGACGCGUUGCAUAGUUAUUCAAUUGCCAAUCCUGUUCGCAACAGCUGGCCGAUGCAGUCUCUUAUCAUCUUUGGUCGGCGCCUCUUAUCGCUCAAUGAACUUCAUCCAUCGCGCCAUUGGCCGGUUAUGCUUUCUUUUGGUCAUCGUCCAUGUCCUGUGUACUAUCUCGACUCUCUCAAUGAUGCUUGGCCCAGCAACAGCUGCCAAAAUACGCACCUCUCCUUCGUUACGUUGCGCCACGGGGGCUGUUUGUUGUGUUUUCAUCUCGGCUACGCUGAGUUUUCAAUGGGUGCGACAUCGUCAAUUUAACCUUUUCUUGAUUACACAUGUUCUUGCAGCCGCAGUCCUCCUUCCUUUGAUUUACCAUCACAGACCAGUGGUUGCCCCGUGGUUAACUGCUAGUGCCGUCAUUUGGGCCAUUGAUCGCUUUAACCGCUGGACAGGAAUUAUUCUCAAUCAUGUUCUGGCUUCCCUCUUUGUUCGCUCGAAUGGGAUUGGGACAAUCACCGCGACGGUCGAUCGUCUCGAAGGAGCGAUUGUCCUCCGGAUUCCGAUGCAUUUUACCUGGUCGCCCGGUCAACACAUUUACAUCAGCUUUUGGUCGUCCAAGAUGCUGACAAAGCCGUGGCUCUAUGGUCGAUGGCACCCAUUCACACUUACCAAUCUCUCAUCAGACGGCACUCUCCGGCGAAAGGAUGGAACAGAGGUUGAUCAGAAUGAUCGACGAUCGUGGACGGGUUGUUGUUUGGUUCAAGUCCGAGGAGGGACUACCAAGUGGUUAGAAGAGCACGCCGGAGCAAAUAUCCAAGUUCUGAUAGAUGGUCCCUAUGGCGGUAAUGGUGGCAGUAUUGCCGCCUACUCAACCCUUGUGUUGAUUGCAGGAGGGGCUGGGAUCACUUACGUCUUGGGGGUACUCGAAGGGGUGGCCAUUUCAGCUCGACGCAAUCAGGGUGGACAAUUACGCCGAGUGGAGGUUCAUUGGGUACUUCGGAAGCAAUCUCAACUAGCCUGGGUGGAGGACCGAAUCAGCGAAAUACGUGGCAUACUGGAGGGAUUUGACUUGGAGAUUAUAACACAUGCUUACAUCACCAGAGGUGUUCGAGUCUCACCCGGCGUUCGCUCCGAUAUGGUCAGUCGGCCUAUCCCAAUCGCGGUAAAAUUAGGACGUAUGGGCAACCACGAAUAUCUCAAAAUGCUCAGACAGGCCCCGGCGCCUCCAUCACCACCCAUGAAGAGUGACUCGACGGUCGUUGAUAAGGAGAGGGUGUCUGCCUUUAACCAGGUCUCUGGUCGCCCAAAUCUAGACCACCUAAUUGCCACGGCUUGCGAACAGUCUCUUGGAAGGGUACUGAUCCACGUAUGUGGCCCACGCAGUUUAUCCGACGCAGUGAAGCUUUCAGCAGCCCGACAAUCCAGCCCACUCGAAGCAUGGAAAGGCAACCUCGGCCGAUGCAUCGUUUUACAUCACGACCUGUUCAACACAACAUAAGCUCUAUCUCACGGCCUGUUCAACACGACAUGAGCUCUCUGUAUGAGUAAAAAACAGUAAAAUAUUGCUCAGUCUUGUUGUAUACGUCGGUAGAUGAAUUCUUACAUAUUCCCCUUCGUCUACUCGUCGGCAUUUUUUUCAUCUGUCGAAAAACUCAUCAAGACAUUAAGGGACUUCUAAAUUAUCCACAACUUUCCAUGUCUAUUUAUUAUCAUCCACGAUCGUUUCAUUCUUGUAAUCAGGUCCAUAUCAGAUUAAUCUCUUAUGUUGUAUUGAGGAAUCGUCAUAAUGAUUUCAACUCCUUUCCCUUGUCAUCAAUGACAUUCCCUAAGAAAAUCAUUUUUAUUGGCUUUAAAAAUUAUUCAAAAGUACAUCAUGCACUGUAAAAGGAUUUGGAGUUUAA